CACACCUGUGCCCUGCUCCUCACACUCAAGAACCAUGUCGUUAGCACAGGCAACGAAAGGCAACAUGGCCUACCAAGUGCGCUCGCUUUACCGAUCGUUAUUGCGCCAGAGCAACCAAUUCGCCGCCUACAAUUUCCGCGAAUACGCCAAGCGGAGAACGCGCGAUGCGUUUCGGGAUAACAAGAGCAUAACAGAAGAGCGGACCAUUCAGGAGCUGGUACAAAAAGGCCUGAGUGAGCUUCAGAUGCUGAAGAGACAAACCGUCAUAAGCCAAUUUUACCAGAUCGACCGACUAGUGGUUGAGGGCGGGAAGGAAGGCAAGCAAAAAGGAGAUCGCAGCGACAUCGUCAGGGUAAAGGACCAGGGAUGGGACUAAGCAUACCGGAACAGAAUAAGAUGUUGACGAUGCUAUGAGAGAAUAUUGUAACAACAUUGCGCACAUUGUAUGUGAAGAAGAGCGAUUGCGGGGAAGCAGCCGUAUCUGUUUGACCAAAAUUGGGGUUAUAGCAAUGAAUGCACUGUAAUAUAUAAAGAU